ACAAUCCACCAAACACUAAAUCUAAAAUGAAAGGCUCGUCCCAUAAUAGGAGUAAUCUUUAUACACUAUUCCAGUGCACCAGUAAUGGUACCUGAUACAUCCAAUAUAAUAAUAUUGCCAACUUUUUCAAGAAAAUAUUUCUAGCAGUUAGCUUGAAAAUUGACAUCCAAACCAAUCCCCACUAUCCCCUUCCUCUCUGUUUCUUGAAGCAAAUUCUUACAAACCUCAUUUCUAUUUUCUUCUCACAUCUUAGCUGUCUUUGAAAGAACCCCAGUAGCAAGAAAAAAAUACUACUAACAACUACCCCAGCUAAUGACAUUCUAACUAUUGAUUCCUCCUACCCAUUAUUAAUAACAAAUUUCCUUUCUUUUUGUCACUGGGGCAUACCAAUACCCAUUAAAUCUUUGGUCUUUUUGUUGUUUUUGGCCAAAUUUAGACUUAUUACUUCCACUACAGAAAAUGAGGAGUUGGACAAGGGGCUUUUUUGGGUUUCUUUAUCUUGCUUUCUUGUUGAAAAUUGAAGGCUUGAGACUUAAUAGGUUUGAACAAACUGAGAGAAUAUCAGGAAGUGCGGGUGACGUCUUGGAAGAUAAUCCGAUUGGAAGAUUAAAAGUUUAUAUUUAUGAGCUUCCGAGCAAAUACAACAAGAAAAUUCUACAGAAAGACCAGCGAUGCCUCAACCACAUGUUUGCUGCUGAAAUCUAUAUGCAUCGUUUCCUAUUAUCCAGCGCUGUUCGAACCUUUAAUCCUGAGGAAGCAGAUUGGUUCUACACCCCUGUUUACAGUACUUGUGACCUGACACCGAAUGGCCUUCCUUUACCCUUCAAGUCACCACGUAUGAUGAGGAGUGCAAUACAACUUAUUGCUUCUAACUGGCCUUAUUGGAAUAGAACAGAGGGGGCUGAUCACUUCUUCAUUGUGCCACACGAUUUUGGUGCUUGUUUUCACUAUCUAGAAGAAAAAGCUAUUGAGAGGGGAAUUCUUCCAUUGCUCCAACGUGCUACUUUGGUUCAAACUUUUGGACAACGAAAUCAUGUUUGUUUAAAGGAUGGCUCAAUUACAAUUCCUCCAUAUGCUCCCCCACAGAAAAUGCAGUCUCACUUGAUCCCUCCAGCUACUCCUCGGUCUAUCUUUGUUUAUUUCCGAGGCUUGUUUUAUGACGUUGGAAAUGAUCCAGAAGGUGGUUACUAUGCGAGAGGUGCUCGAGCAGCAGUGUGGGAGAACUUUAAAGACAAUCCUCUCUUUGAUAUUUCUACCGAGCAUCCAACUACUUACUAUGAAGACAUGCAGAGAGCUAUCUUUUGCUUGUGCCCCCUGGGAUGGGCCCCAUGGAGUCCGAGAUUGGUUGAAGCAGUUAUAUUUGGAUGCAUCCCUGUUAUUAUAGCAGAUGACAUUGUCUUGCCGUUUGCUGAUGCAAUCCCCUGGGAAGAUAUAGGCGUGUUUGUAGCAGAGAAAGAUGUCCCAAAUUUGGACACCAUUCUCACUUCUAUUCGACCAGAAGAAAUAUUGAGGAAGCAGAGAUUGCUUGCCAACCCUUCAAUGAAGCAGGCAAUGUUAUUUCCAACACCUGCUCAAUCCGGUGAUGCUUUCCAUCAGAUCUUGAAUGGACUUGCACGUAAACUGCCACAUGACAAGAGCGUUUACUUGAAGCCCGGGGAGAAGUUCUUAAACUGGACUGCUGGUCCAGUUGGUGACCUCAAACCUUGGUAGAGGCUGCUUAAAUUCAUCUGAAUUGUAAAUUUUAACAUGUAGUUUUUGAAGACUCAAUAUUCAUUUUUGGACCUGUAGGGCUCUGCAUUAGAGGUAUGGGUAUGUUCACUUUCCUACUCGCGUCCUUAUGAUACUAGGAUGGUGUCAGAAAUUUCUUUCAGUUUUUUUGUAUUGCUUCAACGUACAGGUUACUUCAGCAUUUAAGCAGUCUCAGUUAAGAGCUAAUGUUGAUCCCUGAUUUCCGACC